UGUCUGCAAUCAGCAUAAAACGAUGGAGUACAGAGGCAGCGUGAGACCUUUCGUCAACUUCAACGACCAACACGAUGCUGAAAUUCUCCAUAAAGCCAUGAAAGGAAUCGGUACGCAUGAAGAUACAAUCCUCAUGCUUCUGUCAGCACGGAGCAACGAUCAACGCCAGCAAAUUAAGGCAGCGUACAAAAAAACCUACGGAAAGGACCUGGUCAGCGCGCUGAAAUCCGAGCUCGGUGGGCUGUUUGAGAAUCUGAUUGUGGCGUUGAUGACCCCGCCCACCUCGUAUGACGCUUCCCAACUGCACAAAGCUCUCAAGGGCGCCGGGACUGAGGAUGACGUGCUGAUUGAGAUCCUGGCCUCCAGGACCGGCGAACAGAUUAAAGAUAUCAUCAAAGUGUACAAGAAAGAAUUCAACGGAAAGCUGGAGAAAGAUAUCUGCGACGACACCUCAGGUCACUAUCAGAAACUGCUGGUGAUCCUCCUGCAGGGGAGCAGGGAGGUGGGAGUAGACGAGGAGAAGAUAGAGAAAGACGCUAAGGACUUGUACGCUGCUGGUGAGGGCAAGUUUGGCACAGAUGAGGAAAAAUUCAUCACAAUUCUUGGCAACAGAAGCGCAGAGCAUCUCAGAAAAGCGUUUAAUGCCUACAAGAAGCUCUCUGGCUCUGAAAUAGAGGACAGCAUUGAAGGAGAGACCACUGGGAAUUUGGAGAACCUCCUGUUGGCUGUUGUGAAAUGUGCCCGGAGUGUCCCACAGUUUUUUGCUGAAGGCCUGUAUAAGUCUAUGAGGCGUGCUGGAACCGAUGACAGCACCCUAAUGAGGAUAAUGGUGUCGAGGAGCGAGGUGGACAUGUUGGACAUCAGAGCCAGCUUCAAAAAGACUUAUGAAGCGUCUCUGUACGACACGAUCCAGGAGGACACAACUGGAGACUACCAGAAGGCUUUACUCUACCUCUGUGGUGGGAAUGAUUAAUGCUGUUUUAUGAUGUGUUUUGCAGCCUGAAUGAUGAGUCAUCAUCAUCAUGCUCAGUGUUGCCAGAUCGGAUUGACAGUUUCCAGGCCAAUCACAGUUUAUAAUCUGCCCUGUUCAGUAGAAACCAUGCAGCCCGAAUCAUGAGCCCCGCCAGCAUUACAUACAUGUGCAAUGGGAAACAAGGAUAAGCAUACAAAGCUUCAUAUCUGCAUCAAAUAACCAAAGGUAAAAUGUUGGAUAAGAAGUCUAUCGCAACCCACAAAGAGUGCAGUUUAAAAAACAAAAACACAAACUGCCAUAAUUUAAAUGAUGAUGACGUCAGGGUAAGUACAUCCUUCAUUAUCUCUUACGAUAAUUGAAUACAAAAUCCAUAU